ACUCCAUCAACGACAGCUUCAAACGCCUUAAUAGGGAGAGGGGAGAGAGAAAGAGUUAAGAGGAGAGAGAAAGAAGCUCCAUUUCACUCCGUUUUCUCUCUCACUCCUUCAUCCUCGGUUCAUUCCUCUUCUGAAUACGAUUGGUUUCUGUUUACAUAUUUCUAGAAACUUAUACAUUAUAAACAUAUACAAUUGUGUGUAUAUAUACAUAUAUCUUAUAUAAUAAAGGAAUACAAGAACAUGGAUGAGUUUGGAGUUCUGGUUGAGCGGUAUGGCGUCAAGUCGCGUGGAAAUUCGAUUCCUUUGGCCAAUUUAAAAGCUAAAAGCAAGCCCAGCAGUGGUUUCCCUAACGAUUCGGGGCAAAAGUCUUCCCACAAUUCGGAUCCCUAUGAUCUGGAUGGCGUUUUCCGAUCCGGUAAAACUUCUGGGCAACAGAAUUAUGACAAUAGUGAUAUCUUUGGCGGGCAGUUCCCGAGUUCGAACUCGACCACCGCCCAGCAAAGUCAUGUCGAUUUGGACACGUUUUUUAAGGGUUCGACGAAUCAGAACGGGAAUAACAGAAACAAUUCGAAUUUGAGAGACGAGUUUGAUUUUUUCGGGUCUGCGCCCAAGCCGAGUGAUUCGGUUGAUGAUUUGUUUGGGAAUUUGGGAUUCAAAUCGGGAGGCCUGAAGAAAACUGCAGUCCAAAAUGUGCAUGACUCUGAUGAUUUGAUUCCUGGUUUUGGUUUUCAUAGCAACAGUGAAAAAUCAGCAAGGACAAGUCACUCUCAGCAAUCAAGUGUUCAUUCAUACAAACAAAGCUCCACCUUUGCUGAUGAUCCUUUUUCGGUCUUCGAAUCUACCCCACCUGUGCAAAAUGUUUCUUCCUGGCCAUCCUCUGAUCCAUUGGAGAAACUUGCAGAAACUAAUCCGUCAAUCGAUGAACUUGAGGAUUUUGUGAGUGGUAGGGGUACGAGUACCUCACAAGGACAACAACAUUAUGUUUCUAGAAAAGAGUCGAACGUGAAAAAGACACAUAGUGCAGGGGACAUAUUAAGCAAUACCAGCACGGACCACAUGUUUGACGGAUUGUUCAACAAUAAUGGAGGAGGCACGAAAGAUAAGUGGACCUCUCAUGGGACCCAAUCUACUGGAAAGAGCAAAUCACCUUUGAAAAAUUUUGUUGAUGACUUCUCCUCCUCUCUUUUUGGAGACCUUGGCUCGUCAUUUGAUGAAUUCCAUGAAGUAGAAGGAGAAAGUGUAGAAAGAAGAAGAGCUAGAUUGAAUCACCAUACAAGGACCCGGGAGCGAAUGGCUAGAGCUCUGGCUGAAAAAAAUCAGCGUGAUCUUCAGACACAGCAAGAGCAAGACGAGAAGAGUAGGCUUGCUGAAGCUUUGGAUGAGGAAAUAAAGCGUUGGGCUGCAGGAAAGGAGGGCAACCUUCGUGCAUUACUCUCAUCGUUGCAAUAUGUGCUAUGGCCUGAAUGUGGUUGGCAGGCAGUUUCAUUGACUGAUUUGAUCACUUCAACAUCUGUCAAGAAGGUCUAUCAUAAGGCAACUUUAUGUGUUCACCCAGACAAGGUUCAACAAAAGAGGGCAAGUCUCCGAGAAAAGUAUAUUGCAGAGAAGGUUUUUGAUAUUCUGAAGGAAGCUUUUGGCAAAUUCAACGCCGAAGAACUAAGAUGAGUCAGUAUCAUAUCAUCUUUGGUGCCUUUUUAUUGUUAGUGGACAAACUCUGUUAAUCCACAUCAUAAAGGAGGGUAUGGCCUUUGCAAUCGUUACUCGUUAGUUAUUGCAUGGAUUUGUUUAUUUAUUGUUUGUUCUAAAUGGUUUUUUGCAAACAAGUUGAAUACUUCACAUACUAUGCCCAGUUGGGUUGUGUUGUCAUAGCUUUUUGCAUUGUGCAUAAUUUGUUCAAUUAGAUGCUAAAGAUCAUUGAGGGUUCACUCUUAUAUUAACGGCGUCAUUGUAGUUUGUGGCAACCAUUUUUGGUGCUAAUUUCAUGCUGUGAAAACUGAAAAGCAGCCUAUGUUGUUUCCUUUA